GGACUUAGUGGGUGUCGACUUCUAAAUAAACCCACGUCAGGGUCUCUCUCUGGGGUCCAGCCUCGCUGUUCGGGUUUGCUUCCUGGUGUCUGGGUCUCGAAACCUUGAGGAGAUUUUUCAAGCGGCUUGAGGGGUCCGGGGCGCCCAGAUACCCCGAGGUCUUCGCGCCCAGCGCCAUGUCCUGGCCGUCCAAGAGGGAUCCUGAUUGGAAGUAUUUGCAGUCUGUCCAGUAUGGAACCCAUGGAAAUUUUCCAAGACUUUCAUACCCAACUUUCUUUCCACGUUUUGAAUCCCAAGACAUUAUCCCUCCAGAUGACUUCCUAAAUAGUGAUGAAGAGCUAGAUUGCGUUUUAUUUGGAAUUUUGAGAGGUCAAGUUGUUGGACUACGCUAUUACACAGGAGUAGUAAAUAAUAAUGAGAUGGUUUCUUUACAACGAGAGCCUGAUAAUCCCUACGAUAAGAAUGCGAUUAAAGUAAACAAUGUGAAUGGAGAUCAGGUUGGCCAUUUAAAGCGGAAUCUUGCAGCUGCCUUGGCCUUUCUCAUGGACAACAAAUUGGUACAAGUGGAAGGAGUAGUUCCUUUUGGUGCAAAUAAUGCUUUUACCAUGCCUCUUCAUAUGACUUUUUGGGGAAAAGAAGAAAAUAGAGAAGUGGUUUUAGAUCAGUUGAAGAAACAUGGAUUUAAACUGGGUUCCACCUUGAAAGAUUUAGGAUUGAGUUCGGAGAAUAGUUUGGUCUCUGGAAGAUCUGGACCAAGAUAUAAUAUGCCAGCUCAUGUUGCGGUACAGAUGACAGCUGAACAGCUCAAAACGGAAUUUGACAAAUUAUUUGAGGAUUUAAAAGAAGAUGCCAAAACUAAUGAGAUGGAGCCAGCUGAGGCUAUUGGAACCCCAUUGCUUCCACACCAAAAACAAGCUCUGGCUUGGAUGAUUUCACGAGAGAACAGUAAAGAACUUCCACCAUUCUGGGAACAACGAAAUGACUUAUAUUAUAACACAAUAACAAAUUUUUCUGUAAAGCAACGACCAGAAAAUGUUCAUGGAGGAAUUUUAGCUGAUGAUAUGGGUUUGACCUGCUUCCUCAGCUACCAGAGAAUGCAAUCAUCUUCAAGGACUAUGCGGGUGACCCAAGAGACUUGGAGGUUAUCUGGUUGGAGGGCCUACCACCAAGCUAAGCUAGAACAAGGCAAAACUCUUACUGCUAUUGCAGUGAUUCUGACCAACUUUGCUGAUGGCCAGCCUCUUCUCAGUAACAGAAGAGAGAAGAAUCAUCCCAGAAAGGAAUACAAGGACAAGACUGUUAAACGCAGAGGAAAUAAUACUAACAACGAGGCUGAUGGACUAAGCACAGAGACAUCUAGAUGUGGCGGAGAACCCGUUAUUUCACAUAUUCAGGAGAUGAAUAAGUUUCUCACAUCAAAAGUGUCUAGCUUUUGCCCUAAAAGAAGAAAAAUUUCUGUUGAGUAUACUGAAAGCAGUGAUUCAGAGAAAAUUGAAACUAGUGAACUGGCACAGAAAAUGAAAGGAUCAUCUAAAGUUAAAGAAGAUACAACAUUUGCUCAUGCACUUACUUCAUCUGCCCCUGUAACAAAGAAGAAAAUGUUGAAAAAGGGAGCAUCUGUAAUGGAGGGGUUAAAGAAAUGUGACACUGGAGAGAGGUCAAGAGCAACACUGAUCAUCUGUCCACUUUCUGUGCUGAGCAAUUGGAUUGACCAAUUUGGGCAACAUAUAAAAUCAGAAGUGCACUUGAAUUUUUAUGUUUAUUAUGGUCCUGACCGUAUUAGAGAUCCCAACUUGCUUUCAAAACAGGAUAUUGUUUUGACUACUUACAAUGUUUUAACUCAUGAUUAUGGAACUAAAGAUGAUAGUCCAUUACAUAGCAUAAAAUGGCUAAGAGUAAUUCUGGAUGAAGGACAUGCCAUACGAAAUCCAAAUGCUCAACAAACAAAAGCUGUACUUGACUUAGAGGCAGAAAGAAGAUGGGUAUUGACAGGUACUCCUAUCCAAAAUUCUUUAAAGGACUUGUGGUCUCUACUGUCCUUUUUAAAGCUUAAACCAUUUAUUGAUAGAGAAUGGUGGCAUAGAACAAUACAACGUCCCGUUACAACAGGAGAUGAGGGAGGACUUAGACGUUUACAGUCCUUAAUUAAAAGUAUUACACUUCGAAGAACAAAGACAAGCAAAAUUAAGGGGAAACCUGUUUUGGAAUUACCAGAAAGGAAAGUAUUUAUUCAGCAUGUUUCACUUUCAGAAGAAGAGAGAAAGAUUUAUCAGUCUGUUAAAAAUGAAGGCAAAGCUAUCAUUGGAAGGUAUUUUACUGACGGUACUGUCCUUGCGCACUAUGCAGAUGUCUUGGGUCUUCUGCUUAGAUUAAGGCAGAUUUGUUGUCAUAUUCAUCUUCUUACAAAUGGCAUAUCUUCCAGUGGUUCCUCUGGAAAUGAUACACCUGAAGAACUGAGAAAGAUGUUAAUAAGGAAGAUGAGGUUAAUUCUGAGCUCUGGUUCAGAUGAAGAAUGUGCAAUUUGCCUGGAUUCAUUAACGUUUCCUGUGAUAACACAUUGUGCACAUGUGUUUUGUAAACCUUGUAUUUGCCAGGUCAUUCAGAGUGAGCAGCCACAUGCUAAAUGCCCUUUAUGCAGAAAUAAUAUACACGGAGAUAAUUUAUUGGAAUGUCCUCCAGAAGAAUCUGCAUGUGACAGUGAGGAAAGAUCCAAUAUGGAAUGGACAUCCAGUUCAAAGAUCAAUGCUCUAAUGCAUGCUUUGAUUGAAUUACGGACAAAGAACCCCAACAUAAAAAGUUUGGUUGUUUCUCAGUUUACCACUUUCCUGUCUUUAAUAGAAACACCACUUAAAGCCUCAGGAUUCAUGUUUACUCGUUUAGAUGGUUCCAUGACUCAAAAGAAAAGAGUUGAAUCAAUUCAGUGUUUUCAAAAUACAGAAGCAGGAUCUCCCACCAUAAUGCUGCUGUCCUUAAAAGCAGGUGGAGUUGGCUUGAAUCUUUGUGCAGCUUCUCGGGUGUUCUUAAUGGAUCCAGCCUGGAACCCUGCUGCAGAAGAUCAGUGCUUUGACAGAUGCCAUCGGCUUGGCCAGAAGCAAGAGGUUAUCAUUACAAAAUUCAUUGUAAAGGAUUCUGUCGAAGAAAAUAUGUUGAAAAUACAAAACACAAAACGAGAACUUGCAGCUGGUGCUUUUGGAACUAAAAAACCAGAUGCUAAUGAAAUGAAGCAAGCUAAAAUAAAUGAAAUCAGAACUUUAGUUGAUUUAUAAUUUGUAUGACUUUUGUAAGGUCGGGUUGAACAGAUGCCUAAGUUUUACACAUGACAAAUACAGAUUUAAGAAUGAGGUAUAGAACAUAUUCUUUCUAUAUGGAGCAUUUUUUCUAUUAAUAAAGUGGUAUUAUUGACAUAUCUCUUCUAUAUAUGAAUCUUUUUUUAAAAUGAUAACUUUCAAUAGCAAUAAGUUCCAUUGCAAAAUGGCCUGAAGGAGGUUUUCAUAGAAGUUCUUUUGCUCUCCAGCUUUUCCUAAUGCCUUUGCUAAGUAUUUUCCUACAUCUUUUCUGUAUUCCACAUCUUCAUACUGAAGUGUGGUCAUAGCUUAUACUUUUGACCAUAAUGUUAGUUUUUCUUUGAUGGAAAUAUUAGGUUAUUCACUAAAGUCUUUAAUUGGUGAUUCAGUGGGUCUACCAUCCUUGUAAAUUAUUAACAAGUAUGUAUACAGACUAUAAGAAAGAUUUUAUUGGAUGUUCAAAAGCUAUAGUUAUAUCCAUAACCAAACCUUAAAUGGAAGACCAAAGUUCAAGGGAGCAAGUUAAUUGCAAUUCUUAUAGCUUCAUUGAAUUAUAAUUUAUAUGUGGUUUGCAGAAUGUCUUUAGAAAAAAAUAGGGACCUCAUCAAAGUUGUGUGUUCAUUUUAAUGAAGUGGUGCUACAUUCCUUAUUUAAAUGUAGUCAUAGAUCACAAGCCGUAAAUAGUCUUGUAGAGGUGAGAGAACCAGUUCUACCUGGUUUGUUUUGAAAACUUAAAUAACUUGAUUUAAAUAGAUACUUCUAUAAAUUGUUUUUAUUUGUGUAGGGCUUUUGGAAAUAACUUCAUAAAUUUUCAUAAAACAGAAGGCUACUAUUGUAUGUGAGAGGUGUGAUAAUUAGGAUGGAAGUUGGCUGGAUGACCAAAAGUCAUUUCAACCCUUAAAGACAUCUCAAUCAUGAAUUUUGUAAAAAUGGCUUUGUGUGUUUUAAAUCAGAAUUUAAUUUUGGAAUUUCACUAACUGAUCCAUACAUUUUUCUUACCCCUUUUGCUAAUAAGAAUUUUGCUAGUAAAACUUACUAGUAGAUGACGUUGAGUCAUCUUAAACAAAUAAGCAGUCAGGUUAUAUAAUUAGUCAUUUUAUUUUUCUGUGGAUGCUUUAAAAUCCAGUUUAGAGAUUACUAAGAAAUUUUUCAUGGUUUAUGGUACAGUCUGAAGAAUAUCUAAGAUUUUACUUGUGCUACAAGAGACGUAACUGAAAGAGAUGAUAGGUACCCUUCUAAGGUGUAUGGCAUAUUGCUCACCCACUACCUGUAAUUGCUCCAAGGGAACAGAAUUAGCCAGCAAGAAUCUUCCUAGUUCCAUUUCUCAUAGUAACAGGUGAGGUAGGCAUGGUUUUCAGGAAAACAUUUCUAUCAGGGUGUAAGUGGACUGGCCUGCUAGGGUUAGGAGCCCCAUGGGAGAUUUUCCACCUUGUAAGACUACAAAUCCAGUCUCAUUACAUAUGGAAUUAUGGUUCUGUAGUACCCACACAGUGAAAUUAACUAUAAACUGUUUCUGGCCCAAACAAGAAAGAAACCCACCUUACCUAUUUUAAUUACAGAUAAACUCAGGCUCAGAAGUGGAGGCAGUGUGCUGCUUACCCAGAAAACUACAGUGCUGUGCUUUAAAAUAUAUUCAUAGCAAUCAGGGUUAUCAAGUAAUUUUUUAGUAUAUUAAUUGGUAUUAAUAAAAAGUUAAUUCAAGAUGUAUAAACCACUGGAAUGAAAAUAUUUAUGCUAUGCUAUUUUAUUACCUAGAAAUAUACUGAAAAUACUGUAUUUAUAAUUGUUUCAAACUGGAUUUUUCUUUAAGUUUAAACUCAAUAAAAAGCUAAAAAAAA